AGUGCCGGGCCGGCGGCCGUGAGGGAGGGAGGGAGGAGUGGGCGGGGGGCUCCUGGCGGCGAGCGAUCCGGUCUCCAUGGCCGUCAGCUGCAGGCUCGGCGCCUUCCUCAACCUUCGUGCCGUGUCGCGGGCUUACGGUCACUCGGUGGCCGGGCGCCUCAGGCCCUGCCCGCCGCCGCCGUCGCGGAGGGAGCCGCAGGCCCGGGGCUGGGCCGCGGGCUGGAGUAGAGCGAGCGCCGGGCCGCAGCGCCCGUACUCGCAGCAGGAGUCGCGCCAGCCUUUCCAAGAGGAGGCGUAUCCCCCACUUCCUGACUAUGAGCCCCCUCUGUUAGAAAUGGAGCAAAAUGUGUUUGUAGUGAAGGCUCGUGGUUUGCCCUGGUCUUGCUCUGUGGAAGAUGUGCUGGACUUUUUCUCAGAUUGUGGUGUGGUGAACGGUGUCGGAGGCGUGCACUUCCUGUGUAACAGAGCUGGCAAGCCAAGCGGAGAAGCGAUUAUUGAACUCCAGUCUGCGGAGGAUGUUCGGAAGGCUCUGGAGAAGCACAGAAAGUACCUGGGGCAGCGUUACAUUGAAGUGUUUGAACUAAGCAACAGUGAUGUGGACUUCCUUCUGAAGCGGCUCCACUCCAGUGAUAAGGAGCUGACGGAUGGCAGCAUCGUGCGCCUGAGAGGCCUCCCGUUUAGCUGCACCACAGAAGAUAUCACUCAUUUCUUUGCAGGUUUGGAGAUAGUAGAAGAUGGUGUGACGAUAACCAGGGAUCACCGUGGCAGAAACACCGGAGAUGCUUUUGUUCAGUUUGCAUCUCAGGAAAUGGCAGAGCGAGCCUUGGCAAAAGACAGGGAAAUGAUCGGAUCUAGAUACAUUGAAAUAUUCCGAAGCACCAAGAGUGAUCUUCGUUUGUACAUCCGCCCCUCGAAGAAAACGCCUCACUGUCCCACCACACAGGAAAUUGUAACUGACAAUGAGAGCUGUACGGUGGUGAACAAUUGCAGUACCAAUGGUGAUAUGAUGGAGAGAGAUGGAAGAGUUCAGAACAUGCAACUGCCAAAAAAUGAUUUGGAAUCUAAUCACUGUAUUCAAAGAUCUGAUGUACACAAUGUACAUAUGAGGGGCCUCCCAUUUCGAGUCAAUGGACAGGAUGUUGUUAAAUUCUUCCAGCCUUUGAAGCCUGUGCGGAUUAUUGUGGAGUACGGGCCUGACGGAAAAGCCACUGGGGAAGCAGACGUACAUUUUGCCACACACGAAGAUGCUGUUGCUGCUAUGACGAAAGACAAAUCGCACAUGCAGCAUCGCUAUAUAGAACUCUACCUGAACUCGUUAUGCUCGGGGAUUCCUGCCGGACAUAAUGAUCAAGGAAUUCAAGAGAAAGGUUCUGAAGAGAGGUAAACAGUUACUAAUUUGGAAGCGGCUCUGGCUUUGGAAGUGACACUUUCCACUUGAGCAAAUUACCUAAACACUAGGCAAAACUAACAAAAGUGGUACAGGAGCUCAAAGCUGCAUCAAACCAGUUGGAGUAACUGUGACAUACUUAUUGAUCUCAUUAAUGAAGGGGAAAUUGAUUUUUUUUUGGUACUCCAAGUAGCCUAUAUUGCAAAUUAUGCCUCUUGUAACACGUUUUAAUGUUACAUUACUUGAUAAAAUAAAUCCAGGCAUUUUAACAAGU